AGAGAGAGAGAGAGAGAGAGAGAGAGAGAGAGAGAGAGAGAGAGAGAGAGAGAGAGAGAGAGAGAGAGAAUGUAGCCACCGGCUCAGUAUCGGCCGGCUUGUAGCUUCUGUAUUUUUAUUCUGUAGCUGGUUUCUCGUUAUGUCCUUAUCAUGACAGGCCCCAGAAAGGGGUUACACAACUGUAACCCCUAUCUUUGCCAUAAGUUAUGUUACGAGGUUAAUGUUACACUUAUAACAUUACUUGGUAUGUGAACGAGACGAGAAGGCGAGCUACAGAGGGGUGUUUGUUUACAGGACACCACGGCCUUUAUCUAGACCACCAUUUUUCCCCUCAGCCAGGUCAGCGCGAGGCAGGACAAGGGUUGACAUAGUUUAAUGGGGGUCAAGGGGUGAACUUGGGAAGAAACAUGGUGUGAUGGGUUGAAGGGGUGAAAUGAGAAGAAAUAAGGGGGCUCUGCCAUAGGGGCAGAGUCUUGGUGGCAGCCGUAGAGGCAAGACCUGUGUCGUCCACCACUCUCCUGCUUUGCCACUGUCAUCUCUGCAGCAGAGGCACUAGUUCAUAAACUCUACGGGGCCCAUCUGUCACGUUACGUGGACAUGGAACCUGCUCUGGGAUUAAGGUUUGACCGCAUCCCAAUAAAUUGAGAAGUGAGUGCAAAGCAAGUGGUUAUCAGUCGCUCCUUUGCCACACCAUAAACGCAACUCAUCAAUGCGUUUACAGUCAAAGUCAAAGGGGACUUGGAUGCUGAUCGUGAUGACGACGCACGCAACGUAUUGAGACGACAAAGGGAGCACCGAGCAGCGGCGGAUACACAACUGUGAGUAGAAUCUACGGAUGGUACGACGCAAUGUUCGGUUUCCGUGUUACACCGUGGAGUUGUAAAAACUACUUAUUCGACACUACGGAGAUGAAGACUCGCUUGUCAAUUUGAAACUAACUUUACGCUGUGAAGUUGAAAACUCUACGGAUUUAACACUCAAGCACUGACAUCAUUCCACGGGUGUUGCGACUACUAAGGGCUCGGGUACUGGGAAAUGUAGUAGGUGAUCAAGUCUGUGUGUGUCAAAGUGUAAUCAGUGUAGCUCUGGUUUUUGAGAAAUAAUGAGAUAGUGCCUUAAAGGUUAAGGACGGAAUAUUGCAAAAUUUUGAAAUAUCAACGGGUACGUUCAGUGCUACCAUAGUAAGCGAUGUCUUAAGACGAGACAACUAGUCCGUCAAAUCUACACCCCCUUAUGGGGGACAAGGAAGGCGAUUCAGAUGACGCGUUCUUGAUGGAGUCGUUGGGUGCUCGCGCAUCACAGGGGAUCUCUGAGUCUCCCAACCUUGCCCUCCCCUCCUUGGACGAGGCUGACCACCCUCCCGCAAUACAAGAUAGUGAACAACCCCAAGAUGCGGCCGGUCCGGCCCAAUCUACUGCUGCCAGUGUUCUUGUAGAAGAAGAGGUUCCCGCGGCCUGGAGAGGGUUACGAGGCUAUAUAGUGAAGACCAUGAGGGAUCUCAUGAAGGAGUGGGAGAGUCUGCAGUACAGUAGCCACCAAAAAGUAGUGGGGGGGCGAGAUCAGUUCAUGGCCCGCAAGUGACAGGGAGAUAAAUGUGAGGCUCUCCAAAUUAAAACAACAUGGGCCCUCAGUGGAGGAGAUAAGCACAGGUCACACUGGGAAAAAGUAUGAGCUCUCAAUGGAGGAGGUAAACGUGGAUCGCGCUGGGAAAAGAUAUGGGCCCUCAAUGGAGGAGAAAAAUAUGGAGCGUGCAGAGAGAUGAUAUGGGCCCUCAGUGGAGGAGAUAAAUAUGGAGCACGCAGAGAGAGGAUAUGGGCCAUCAAUGGAGGAGAUAAGCGUGGGUCACGCUUGGAAAAGGUAUGGGCCCUCAAUGGAGAAGGUAAACGUGGGUCACGCUGGGAAAAGGUAUGGGCCCUCAAUGGAGGAGGUAAACGUGGUUCGUGCUGGGAAAGGGUAUGGACCCUCAAUGGAGGAGAAAAUUAUGGAGCGCGAUGGAAAGGGUUAUGGGCCCUCAAGGGAGGAGAUAAAUGUGGAGCGUGGAGACAGAAGACAAGGAUCCUCAUGUGAGGAGGGAGAUGUGGAAAAACACUGAAAGAAACCAGCGUAGGACUCUCAGCACCCUCGCCUGGAAGGGCCGCACAGGCCCAACUCUGGUCCUUGAAGCGGAUGAGGGGGACCGCGUGCCCUCUGAUGGAGAGGACACCAACACUGGGUCUUCAGCUGAAGAGGAUGAAGAAGAAACCAACGCUGAAUGCGCGAAAAGGAAGAACAAACCUCAGGAUCUCGCUACUAGCUCAGGCUCAGGAGACUUAAAAAGGCGUCGUGGUGGAAGUGGUGAAGCCUUGAUCGAGACGGUGCGCUCGAUGCAGGCGAAACUCCCGAGGCACGAAAGGGGCAGUGUAGAAAAAUAUAGAGCGUUCAAGCAACAGUUUCAAGAGUUCUUCCUCGACUCAGCAACUUCAGCGAAGUACAAGCUCAACCAGUUAUACACCAGCUGUGAUGGAGAAGUGCAGGCAUUGAUGGCACAUUGUAUGGCGCUGCAGCAGAGCGGGCCCUUAAGGUGUCAUUAAAUAUACCGGAUGACCAUUUUGGGGACGAAAGGACGUACAUGAACCAGUUGAGGGAAAGGAUCCUAACAGGGCCCACAAUUGGCGAAAAUGAUUAUCAAGCACUCACUCAACUGUAUGCACAACUAACUGCAUUAAUCUCGUUCGCCGAAAACCUGGGUUACCUCAAUAAGAUUGAUAACACACCGACAAUUAGAGACUUCAUGCUGAAGCUGGACGACGCCAUGCAGGAUCGUUGGAUUACGUAUUGGUUGGGAAAAAAGGGUAAAUACAACCAACACGUAAAGGAUGUCCUUAAGUUUGUCAAAAAGGAGACCAAGAGAAUAGAAAACGCCCACAUACUGAGGGAGAAAUACAACACAGAAACACGGAAGGCACAUGGAAGGGAACAAGAAAGCCGGGAGGAUAUAGCAGAGAAUUACAAAAGAAGGGCCUGUUCCUACGGAGAGAAGCACGAUCCCAAGUCUCAGCUCAGACCUCGAGCUCUGGAGGUGUCUCUAACCACACAGACAAGACCAUACAUGAGACCUGCUGGGCCUGGUGGCAGCAGAUACUACGCCAACAAAUGCCGCCUCUGUGGUCCCAGUCAUCCUCUCCAUAUGUGUGCCCUUUUUCGGUCUCUGUCGAUAGAACACCGCAAAUCAAUUGUGCGGACACAAGGAAGAUGUUUCAACUGCCUGGGGGACAAUCACUUGGUCAAGGAUUGCAAGGCCCGCCCUUGUGAUAUAGAUAACUGCAAACGGUGGCAUUCUAGGUGGUUGCAUGAAACCCCGUCUCGAAAUCUGCCUCACAUCAGGAGAGGAGAUGAGGGACCAGAGCAACGGGAAGGGUUCCAGGCCUCAGACAACAAAGAAUGACUAGUACAAGAGAGUUGGGUCACCCAUAUGAAAGCGGCAAAACGAGGAGCAGUACUACCCAUCGUGCCAGUGGUUCUGAUGGCUGAAAAAACGUGUACCGGAGUGAGUUUCAAGAAAUGUGCUUUGUUAGACCCAGGAAGCACACGCUCAUUCUGUGCAAGAAGAGUGGUAGAUCAAAUGGGGUUAAAGGAAAGGCGAGAAGUGUCGGUGAUCUCAACUCUUCUGGAUAAUGACUCCCCAAAGUUAACUUGUGUUGACUUCACGAUCACAGGUUUGUUCACGAGAAAGACAGCGCCAAUGAGGCUAACAAGAGUUGUCGUCCUCAGUUCCUUUCCUGACGGUCUAACAAAGACUAAGGCUGACUCAGAAUUGCUAGCUAAGUGGACACACUUGAAGGACUUGGCAUACAUCAACAGACGUGCAGAGUGCCUACCAGUGGAGAUACUGAAUGGCCAAGAUGUCCCCGCCGCCUUGACAUCGCUCGAAGUACGAACUGGACGAGUCAUCCUUUGAGGAAAAGCUAAAGUGCUUCUGGGAAGUGGAGGACCAUAAAGACUUAGAAAAAAGAGGGAGAUCUGUAGAAGAUUAACGAGUGAUGACCUUAUGGUAAAGUCAGGGAGCUAGAGACACAGGACAUUAUGCUGCCUGAUAACUUGUCAAUGGCACUCCGCCGACUUGCUAGGCUAAGUGCCAGGUUAAACCGGGAUGAAGCUCUCAAGAGACGGUAUGUUGCAGAGAUGGAAAACCUAAUCUCCAAAGGAUACGCAGAAGAUGCCUCACAGACAAAGGGUUCACCCGGCAAAACGUGGUAUCUCCCACACCAUCCUGUGCUCAACCCAAAAAACCAGAAAAGACACGAAUCGUCUUCGACUGUGCCGCUGUGUUCAAAGAAGUUGCGCUUAACAAACAAGUCAUACAAGGACCCGACCUUAUGAACGAUCUCCUUGGUAUCCUUAUUCACUUCAGAGAAGGAAAGGUUGCUCUGUCAGCGGAUAUCAAAGCGAUGGUCCACUAAGUCUUGGUGGAUCCAAAGGAUUGUGACGCCUUGAGGUUCCUUUGGUGGCCACAGGACGACUUCGAUAAGCCGCCCAUUCCGUACCGGAUGACAAGACACUUUUUUGGAGGGGUUUGGAGUCCAGCUUGCGCCGCGUUCGCUCUACGUGAAACCCUGAAGAGAGAAAAGGCAAGGUCCCAUAGUGCAGAACGAAGCUUCUAUGUGGACGAUCUCCUGCUCUCCACCAGUUCAGAAGCUCAGGCGAUAAGAUGGACACAUGAAUUACAAGAAGACCUGAAGGGAGGGGGGCUUCCACCUUACAAAAUGGAUGUCCAACUCCAAAGGUGUGAUGGCCACAACAAGAGAGGAACACCUAAAUCAAGGCCAUUAAUCUCACGAGAGAUAAACUGCCGGUGGAUAGGGCACUGGGAAUAUAGUGGGAUCUAGAGGAUGACAGCCUGAAAAUUUCUGUGUCUACUCCACUCAUACCAAUCACACGGAGAGGCAUGCUAAGCGCUAUGAGCUCCGUCUUUGAUCCACUGGGUUGGCCCUUUCAGUGUGAGGGCCAAAAUGAUGUUUCAGGACGAAGUGCGACAGGGGGAGAAGUGGGAUCGGAGACUCACCAAGGAGAAUGAAGACAAGUGGGCCAUUUGGCUGAGGGAGCUCGAGGGGUUGGCUGAGUUCCUUAUAGACCGCUGCAUUUUUUCAUCUCGAUUUGGUAGACUUGUGACUGCUCAGUUGCAUCAUUUUUGUGAUGCAUCAACCAAGGCCUAUGCGGCUGUCUCUUACAUGAAAAUGCAAGACGACACUGACUUCGUACAGAGUAGCUUUAUCAUGGCCUGCACAAGACUAGCCCUCCUUAAAUCAACCACUGUACCCCGCCAAGAAUUGUGUGCGGCGACCUUGGCGGUCAACUCUGACGCGAAACUGAGGAGAGAGGUCUCAAUUCUCAUUGAACGUUCCAUCUUCUGGACUGACAGCAUGGUUGUUUUGCAGCAUAUAUCAAGUUCUUCUAGAAGAUUUCACAUCUUUGUUGCAGAUCGCUUAGGCGUCAUCCACAGAAUCUCUUCACCCCAACAGUGGCGACAUAUAAGAUCUGAAGACAAUCCGGCAGAUGACGCCACGAGAGGACUGUUUGCAAGAGAACUCCUAGUUGGAGGGAGAUGGCUGAAUGGCUCCAGCUUCCUCUGCCUAUCCGAGUGUUCCUGACCACCCCAGCCGAGUACUACCGCAGGUGGGAGACCCAGAGGUGAAGAAGGAGGUUACCACCUUGACACUUAUGGUGCAAGAAUCACACGAGCAAGGCGUGAUGGAAAAACUCUUGAGACAGUACUCGUCCUGGUACGGCCUACAAAGGGCUGUGGCUUGGGUGUGUCGGUUUACAACUUGGAUUAUGAAGGGUCGUCCUAGCCUCCAGAGCUCUCAACUUCAGGACACCGAACUCCAAGCAGCACAGAUGGCUAUAAUCCGCCAUGUGCAGAGGAAACGCUUCCGGGAUGCUAUCCAAGCACUUCAAAGGGGAAAGCUUCCUAAAGGCAACGCCCUAUACCGACUGGAGCGGACACUUGACGAUCAGGGCGUGCUCAGAGUAUGAGGGCGCUCAAUAUAUGAGGAAGAGAAACCCGGAAGUAAGGGACCCAUAUUCCUUCCCAAGGACCAUCAUGUGACUUCCCUGAUAGUCCGGGAUGUUCACGUCUUCUUAGCAAGACAUUCAGGCAGAGAACACACCCUCGCAAGUCUGUGAAGACACUAUUGGGUGGUGGCAGGACGACUUUUGAUCGACCGGAUCCUGCGCAACUGCUUCAUCUGUCGCCGUGUAAACAGCAAACCGCUGAUACAACGACAAGGCGAGCUUAUGGUGGAAUGUAUAUCCACUGGCAAACCUCCCUUUACCUACACCGAUAUGGACUGUUUUGGCCCAUUCACCGUGACGUGCAUAAGGCAACCUGUAAAGCGUUUUGGAUGCCUGUUCACCUGCCUCAGCUCCAAGGCAGUACAUAUAGAAGUAUUCCACUCCCCCGAAGCAGAUACUUUCCUAAAACGCUCUUAUGCGUUUCAUAGCAAGACGAGGUCCCCCUGACAGGAUCUUCUCUGACAGAGGAUCCAACUUCCAAAGAGCCACCAAAGACCUCCAAGACUGCUGCCUGGGCCUGAAACCAAGACGCCAAGAUAAAGGAGACCUUGCAUAGGAGGAACACUGAAUGACUCUUCCAAGCCCCGACAGCCUUCCAUAUGGGCGGAGUCUGGGAGCGACAGAUCCGCUCCAUAAGGAAGGACUCCAUUAUUGGCACACAAAGACUUGAUGAUGAUAGACUCCCACACGCUGCUUUGUGAAGUCGAAGCCACACUCAACACUCGACCACUAACAGCUGCUCCUGAUGAUGCUUCAGAACCUAAGGACCUCAUGCCUGACCAUCUUCUCCGAGUAGCCAUGGGAAUUCAUCUGCCCUUAGAGGAUUUCUCUCCAGGUGAGGCGUUUCGACGACGUUGGACUCAUGCCCAGGCUUUGGCGGAUCGUUUCUGGAAACGCUGGAAGACAGAAUACUUUCACUCCCUCCGGAUGCGUCAGCGAACCAUCGCGCCGACCCCGUAACCUUCGGGUCGGUGACCUAGUCCUCGUCACAGAUCAUCCGUCCCAUCGUCAAACUCUGCCUCUUAGAAGGAGACCUUAGUCCCACCCCAUCCCAAGCUCGUGCUGCUCCAGCGUGUUCACCGUGUUGACCUUUUCGUUGUUUGUGACGCUCCGCGCUCAAACAAGGGGGAGUGUAGCCGCCGGGUCAGUAUCAGAUGGCUUGUAGUUUCUGUACUUUUACUCUGUAGUUUGUUUCUCGUUAUGUUCUUAUCAUGACGGGCCCCAGAUAGGGGUUACACUACUGUACUUUGCCAUAAGUUACGUUACGAG